AUGUCCCGAUUGGCUAAUCAGCUGCAGUUGCGUAAAUGCAAAUCAUUCAUGUCGGUGUCUGGAAUUGGCGAUACCGGCUAUGCGACGGACGGAUUCUCUGUUGAUGUGCUCCUACGUUCUCACUGUUCAGAAUACUCGUCUCUUAUUAGUGCAGUCGUCGCUGGCAACAUUACGGAUCUCCAGCCUAGUUUCUGCUUAGAUGUCUCCAAUUGGAAUAUACCAUGCAAUCUUAGUCUCGCUGAUCCAGAAUUCUUUCGACCACAGCGUAUCGAUUUGCUCAUCGGAGCCAGCCUCUUUUAUGAAUUGCUGUGUGUUGGACAAGUUCAGCUCUCAGCUGGCCUACCGUUGCUGCAGAAAACCCGACUUGGAUGGGUUGUGUGUGGAGGCGGUUCACCUGUCGAGAGAAGGUCACUCGUAGCCACAGCCUGCAAGGAUGUCACGAAGAGCCCAAGCCUGCCGGAUGAACGUUUAGAUUGUCUGCUCCGCCAGUUCUGGGAAAUAGAGGACUGCUCCGAACCAAUAGUAAAGUGGACAAAGGAAGAGCUGGAUUGCGAAGCGCAUUUUGUGCAACACUCUACUCGGUUCAAGUCAGGCGCUUAUGCUGUGAGGCUGCCGUUGAAAUGCAGUUCUGAUUUGCUGGGAGAAUCGUAUCCCCAAGCCGUGCGUCGAUUUCUCUCUCUAGAAAGGAAGCUCAGUCGUCACCCUCCAUUGAAGAAUCAGUAUGCUGCGUUUAUAAAAGAGUAUUUGGAGUUGGGCCAUAUGUCUGCAGUUCCUGCUAAUGCGAGCCUCACUCCUCAGUACUUCCUACCUCACCACUGUGUUUUGAAAGAGGACAGUUCAACAACCAAGCUCAGGGUUGUUUUUGAUGGAUCUGCUGCUACCACUUCUGGGUAUUCAUUGAAUGACGUGUUGAUGUCCGGCCCAGUUAUACAGCCAAAGUUGCUUCACAUCCUGUUAAGGUUCCGUUACCAUCGGGUGGCCAUUACAGGAGAUAUCUGCAAAAUGUACCGAUGUGUCAGAGUUUUCCCUGAGGACAGCCAUUUGCAGUGUAUCCUUUGGCGGGAUUCCACCCAGGACGAGUUGUAG